UAAAAGCUCUCCUACACUAGCGGCUUAUCAUUCAGCUUGUCCCAUCGGUGUUUUAUCAAGUGACCAGCUUUGAAGUUAGUAUGCCUGAUCCAGCCAAGUCCGCUCCCGCGCCCAAGAAGGGCUCCAAGAAAGCGGUGACCAAGACCCAGAAGAAGGGGGAUAAGAAGCGACGCAAGACCCGGAAGGAGAGUUACUCCAUUUAUGUCUACAAGGUGCUGAAGCAGGUUCACCCCGACACCGGCAUCUCUUCGAAGGCCAUGGGCAUCAUGAACUCCUUCGUCAAUGACAUCUUCGAGCGCAUCGCUGGGGAGGCGUCUCGCCUGGCGCAUUACAACAAGCGCUCCACCAUCACCUCCCGGGAGAUCCAGACCGCCGUGCGCCUGCUGCUGCCCGGGGAGCUGGCCAAACACGCCGUGUCCGAGGGCACCAAGGCGGUGACCAAGUACACCAGCUCCAAGUAACUGGUCUUUCUCUAAAAAAAAAAAAACACAAC